AUGGCCUGCCCUCACGACCCUAACCCCUUCUUCACGCCUUCCUCUCCCCUGUUCCAGCCACGCUCGGCCAGACCCGAAGACCUCCUGCCAGAGGCCACACCUGUGCCACCUUGCUGCCGGGAGCUCCACUCCAUCUGCUGCACUUCGGCCACCACAACACAGCAACGCCAGGCCACCACGGCACCACCCCCUUGUUCCUCUGCUGUCUGCUUUCUUCCCCGCAAACUCGAGCUCGACCUCACCCUGCUUCACAGACCAUCACUCUUCAUCUCCUCUCCAACUUGCCACGGCCACCCUGCACACAGCCUCUCCCACACCACCGACAUCACCACCAACAACCGACACCCUCUUCCACACCCCAAGGCGGCCAACACUGCCAAGGAGAUCGGGACAAAGUCGCAGGGGCAGAGCCGCAGGUAUCACCCACAGCACCAGCAUGAACUUCCAUUCACAACACCCCUUGCAUCUCCGGCAACUAUCGCCGUUCACCGUCGCCGUGCCCAGCUCCGGUCACCUUCUCCGGCUGUCAGUCCAGCAGUAACCCUCCCGGCGGUACAGCCCCAGCGACCUCCUGUGCACGCCAUCGCCGCCUUACCCCAGCCUCCCUCCGGCAGCACCCCACGCCCUCACGACCCUAACCCCUUCUUCACGCCUUCCUCUCCCCUGUUCCAGCCACGCUCGGCCAGACCCGAAGACCUCCUGCCAGAGGCCACACCUGUGCCACCUUGCUGCCGGGAGCUCCACUCCAUCUGCUGCACUUCGGCCACCACAGCACAACAACGCCAGGCCACCACGGCACCACCCCCUUGUUCCUCUACUGCCUGCUUUCUUCCCCGCAAACCCGAGCUCGACCUCACCCUGCUUCACAGACCAUCACUCUUCAUCUCCUCUCCAACUUGCCACGGCCACCCUGCACACAGCCUCUCCCACACCACCGACAUCACCACCAACAACCGACACCCUCUUCCACACCCCAAGGCGGCCAACACUGCCAAGGAGAUCGGGACAAAGUCGCAGGGGCAGAGCCGCAGGUAUCACCCACAGCACCAGCAGCAACUUCCAUUCACAACACCCCUUGCAUCUCCGGCAACUAUCGCCGUUCACCGUCGCCGUGCCCAGCUCCGGUCACCUUCUCCGGCUGUCAGUCCAGCAGUAACCCUCCCGGCGGUACAGCCCCAGCGACCUCCUGUGCACGCCAUCGCCGCCUUACCCCAGCCUCCCUCCGGCAGCACCCCACGGUAG